UUAUAAAGUGCAUCAGAGCAGACGACGAUCUUAACCUAUCGAGUCGCCCAUUAAAGCUCUCCUCAUUACAUUGUUUAGUCACUCUUAGUGGCUUGUUGGUGUCCGAUGACAGAUUCGGUAAUUUGCAUUCAGCGUUGCGUUAUUAAAUGUAUUCAUUGCUUGUCUAAGGUAUUGCCGAAUUUGCUAUAGAUUACAAAAGUGUGCAUGCUGCCGGGCGCGUGUUUUAAGUGGAGCCAACAGCCGGGUUUGAGAUGGAAGAAGUCGUGGAGAAAACCCCAGAUCAGCCACGAAGGAGCUGUAUUCAGAGACUAAGCUACUUUGUGGUAGACACCCUUGAGAGCUCCUUCUACAGGUAUGGCGAGUGUGUGGCGAGCCACCCAUGGCGGUACAUCGUCGGGUGUCUGGUGUUCACGGGCGUCGCCUGCGUGGGGUUCUUCAACUUCCACCAGGAGCACCGCCCGGAGAGACUUUGGAUACCUCAGAACUCUGACUACGUGAGGACUCUGGACUGGCAGGCGGAGAACUUCCCACAGGACCAGCGCAUGGAGUUAAUACUGUACGAGGCCGAGAAUGUCCUCACCGCUGACUACGUGAGGGAGAUGUACAGAGUCCACCAGCAGGUGACUAGUAUAGUGGUGAGCAACGCCCAGGGCAUCAACUACAGCCAGGACGACCUCUGCUUCAGAGUUCCUGCGUUGGGCGGCGAGCAGCGCCAGGAGCUACGUCGGAUCAAGCAGCAGAUUUUCCCCAACCGUGACCCCAACGAGGAUCUGGACUGGUCUCUGGUGUUCGACAAAUCUAUUUACUACCAGUUCUACACCAAGAUGCCCACGGCCUGCUUGGAGGUGGGCCUCCUGGAGGUGUGGGGGUACAACCCGGACCUGAUUCACAGCCUCACCGACGAAGACGUAUUGUAUGCCAUCAACACGGUCAAUAUGAGCGCGACGUUUUCCUAUCCAAUGAACUUCACGGAGUUUCUGGGCGGAGUGACAAGGAACGCGUCAGGUCACUUGACGGGGGCGCGGACGGCGCUGACGAUACUGGCCAUGCAGGUCAGCAGGACGAGGUUGGACGAGGUUAUCGCCAGCAGUGCAGGGCUUUCCGAUGAGGUGGACGCCGAACUCUUUGCCUGGGAGGGGGAGUAUAUUCGUGUCCUCAACAAUAACACCGGCAGACCGCAGGGACUCGGGGUCUUCAUACAGUCCCAGCGCAGCUUUGGGGAGAUCAGUGGAGACACCAUCCUGGGAGAUGUGGCGUUCCUGGUGGUGGGCAAUGUCACCCUCUUCAUUUAUGUGCAACUUAUGCUCGGCAAGUUCAACAUGGUGGAGAACAGGCCUCUGUUGUCGCUGCUGGGACUGUUAUCGACCUUCAUGGCGGUGGGGGUGUCAUUCGGGCUGUGCUCAGCGGUGGGGCUGCUCUACGGGCCCGUCCAUACCAUCCUGCCACUACUGAUGCUCGGCCUGGGCGUCGACGACAUGUUCGUCAUCGUCCAGUGUUGGCACAACCUCACCCGGCAGGAGCGUCGUCAGGAGAUGAAAAAAAGGGUCGGGUGCGCUCUCCGGCACGCAGGCGUGGCCAUCACAGUCACCUCCCUCACGGACUUCGCUGCCUUCAUCAUCGGCUCCACCACCGUCCUGCCAGCCCUCAGGUCCUUCUGCAUGUACUCCGCCAUCGGUAUCGCCACCCUCUACGUCUUCCAGGCUACCUUCUUCGUCGCCUGGUUCACUUUAGAUCAGACUCGGCUUGAAGACAAGCGCAAUGGGCUCAUCUGGUGCUACCAACACAAGAACUGGACACCCAACUCCUGCUCACAACGAGACCUCUGCCAGACCUUCUUUGAUAAGAUGUAUUCUCGGGUUCUGCUCAUGAAACCGAUCAAGGUGGCGGUGCUGGCGGUGACGGCCGUGAUGUUUGGUGCCAGUGUCUGGGGCGUUACCAACCUCCGCCAGGAGUUCAACCCCGUCUGGUUCAUUCCUCAGUCCUCCUACCUCUUCCAGUUCCUCUCCAGAAUCCUCACCUACUACCCCCAGGCAGGCGAGAGAGGAGCAGUAUACCUCGGGGCCCUCAACUACUCCCAGGAGUUUCAGAAGAUUGGUCAGCUGACGGCGGCGAUGAAGGAGAACGAAUACAUCUCCGCCGUGGACUCCUGGUAUGACUUGAUGGUUGGCUACACCAAGGACGACACUGGCGAGGACAUUGGUGGGAAGGCGCUCAAUGACACCUUCUUCAGGCAGGUGUUGUCAGCUUUCCUCUUCUCUCCCGCCGGCUCCCGCUUCCAGACCUACUUCCACUUCCAGGGCAACCUGACUGUCGCUCAGCCCACGCCUCCAGUCACAGCGUGCAAGUUCGACUACAGCCACAGGAUGCUUGAAGGACGGGAUGAACAGAUCACUGCUAUGGAUCAAAUCAAGCAGCUGGUGAAUGAUGCUGGAUUUUCAGACUUUGCAGCCCCACUGGCUAUGAUGUACAGCAGCUGGGAGACAAACAAGGUCAUCAUGGUGGAGCUGGUGAGGAACCUGAGCCUAGCCAUAGUGGCCGUGUUCCUCAUGACACUUGUUCUCAUCGCAAACCUCAUCACCUCCUGCUAUGUCCUCCUCUCCGUCACCAUUACUCUGGUGAACGUGAUGGCGCUGAUGACGUGGUGGGACCUAACCAUUGACAUCAUCACCUGCAUCAACCUGGUCCUCUGUAUAGGUCUGUGUGUCGACUACUCUGCCCACAUCGCUCUACACUUCAUGCAGGUGAGAGGUUCCCGGGAUGAGAGGGUCCGGCUGGCUGUCAAGGACAUGGGGCCACCUGUCAUCAAUGGCGCCUUCUCCACCUUCCUGGCCUUCGUCUUCCUCGCCAGGUCGGACUCCCAUGUCUUCCUCUCCUUCUUCAAAAGGUUCUUGGAACUCUGUUUAGACUAGAGCUGCAGUAAACGUAUGGUGGGCUUCCAAGCUUAACUCUAUUACAAGGUAAAUGUUGCUAUGGUCUAUUGAUAUCUUGAUUCUAAAAAACUGUUUAAUUAGAUACUGUUUAUAGAUUUGGCAAUUAUAUUCAAAAGGUUAGGUGAAAUCAUUUAUUAGUGCUGAAACAAAAUCUGUUUUGUAAUAUUAUAUUUAGGUGAAACUGUUUUGUGCUAUGUAAGGUUUAAAUGUGCCUGACAGGGAAUAACAAUAAAUAUACUAUAUAUAUAUAUUUCACAAGUCGAGCCUGGCCUCAGGCGGGGCUCGAGGAGUAGAACAACUCCCGAAACCUCCAGGUAUACUGUACCUGUGUUUUUAUAUGUUGUGAUUUACAAUUUUUGCUCUUUUAUUUGAAAAACUCAAGUUCAAGCAGUAUACUGUCUUCCUUUGCCCAUUUAACAUAUUUGUUAAUGAUUUAUAUUUUGUUCUCACUACCAUUAGGCACUAAAUUUAAGACAUUAUAAAACAUCUAGCCUACAUUAGUUUAGUUCAUUUAUUAUGCACCCCAUAACCAUCCUGUGGUGGUAGUGGAGAUCACAGCGCCACAUAAUGGACUCGGGAAACCAACCCCAAAGUUCAUUUUGCUAAGCAAGUUUAAACU